GAUUCUCACUUCUGUCAUCUGGCAUGGGUUAAUACACCCAGGAAACAAGGAGGAUUGGGACCUAUGAACAUUCCUUUGGUAUCAGAUCCCAAGCGCAGUAUUGCUCAGGAUUAUGGAGUCUUAAAGGCUGAUGAAGGUAUCUCUUUCAGGGGCCUCUUUAUUAUUGAUGAUAAAGGUAUCCUUCGACAGAUCACUGUAAAUGAUCUUCCUGUUGGCCGCUCUGUGGACGAGACUCUGAGACUAGUUCAGGCCUUCCAGUUCACUGACAAACAUGGUGAAGUGUGCCCAGCCGGCUGGAAACCUGGCAGUGAUACCAUCAAGCCUGAUGUCCAAAAGAGCAAAGAAUAUUUCUCUAAGCAGAAGUGAGCACUGGACCAUUUUUCUGACAGGCUCCAUUGGGCAGCCAGAAGAAAAUCUCUUGUACUCUAUUCAUGCUUAAAAACAAAACUUGUUGUCAUCCAAGACAUGCCUUUCCUACAGUGCUGGGGGGUGGGGGUUGGCCUUUCUUCCACUGUUGGGAAUGGCCUGAGCUGUGUUGUGGGUAGACUAUAUGAUACACCUGUUGCAGAAAUCAGCCUGUUCUUUUUGUAGUAUCUAUUAAACUUGAAAAUGUGA